AUGAUGUUCCGAGACCAGGUGGGCAUCCUCGCUGGCUGGUUCAAGGGCUGGAAUGAGUGUGAACAGACAGUGGCCCUGCUGUCACUUCUGAAGCGAGUCACCCGCACCCAGGCUCGCUUCCUGCAGCUCUGCCUGGAGCACUCACUGGCGGACUGCAAUGACAUUCACCUGCUGGAGUCAGAGGCCAACAGUGCUGCCAUCGUCAGCCAGUGGCAGCAGGAGUCCAAAGAGAAGGUGGUGUCCCUCCUGCUGUCCCACCUACCCCUGCUUCAGCCGGGCAACACGGAGGCCAAGUCGGAAUACAUGAGGCUGCUGCAGAAAGUGCUGGCCUACUCGAUCGAGAGCAAUGCCUUCAUCGAAGAGAGCCGCCAGCUGCUUUCCUAUGCCCUCAUCCACCCGGCCACCACACUGGAGGACCGCAAUGCACUGGCCCUCUGGCUCAGCCACUUGGAAGAGCGGCUAGCUAGCGGCUUCCGCACCCGACCUGAGCCCACCUACCACUCUCGCCAGGGCUCAGAUGAGUGGGGUGGCCCUGCAGAGCUGGGCCCUGGGGAUGCAGGGCCAGCCUGGCAGGACAAGCCACCCCGGGAAAAUGGACAUGUGCCCUUCCACCCACCCAGCUCAGUGCCGCCAGCCAUCAACAGUAUUGGGAGCAACGCAAAUGCAGGUCUCCCCUGCCAAAUCCACCCCAGCUCGCUGAAGCGCUCCAUGUCGCUCAUCCCCACAAGCCCCCAGGCCCCUGGUGAGUGGCCGAGUCCAGAGGAGCUUGGGGCCCGGGCUGCUUUCACCACGCCCGACCACGCACCCCUCUCACCCCAGAGCAGCGUGGCCUCCUCUGGCAGUGAACAGACGGAGGAGCAGGGCUCCAGCCGGAACACUUUCCAGGAGGACGGCAGUGGCAUGAAAGACGUGCCCUCGUGGCUCAAGAGCCUCCGCUUGCACAAGUACGCAGCCCUCUUCUCACAGAUGAGCUAUGAAGAGAUGAUGACACUGACUGAACAGCACUUGGAGUCUCAGAAUGUCACCAAAGGUGCCCGCCACAAGAUAGCCCUGAGCAUCCAGAAGCUGCGCGAAAGGCAGAGCGUCCUCAAAUCCCUGGAGAAGGAUGUGCUGGAAGGCGGAAAUCUGCGAAAUGCUCUGCAGGAGCUGCAGCAGAUCAUCAUCACCCCCAUCAAGGCCUACAGUGUCCUCCAGGCCACCGUGGCCGCUGCCGCCGCCACCACCCCUACUGCCAAGGAUGGGGCCCGGGGGGAGCCACCACUGCCAGGUCCUGAGCCUCCUCUGGCUCACCCUGGCACAGACAAGGGCAGUGAGACCAAUGACCCUCCAGCUGCAGAGAGCUACCCCCCUCCACCAGCUCCGGCUCCCACUGAUGGCAGUGAGCCAGCUCCGGCUCCCGUCGCUGACGGAGACAUCCCCAGCCAGUUUACACGGGUGAUGGGCAAAGUGUGCACCCAGCUGCUGGUGUCCCGACCAGACGAGGAGAACAUCACCAGUUACCUCCAGCUCAUCGAAAAGUGCCUGUCUCAUGAGGCUUUCACGGAGACACAGAAGAAACGACUGCUGUCCUGGAAACAGCAAGUGCUGAAGCUCCUCCGGACCUUCCCGCGCAAAGCUGCACUGGAGAUGCAGAACUACAGGCAGCAGAAAGGCUGGGCGUUUGGCUCGAACUCACUCCCCAUAGCUGGUUCUGUGGGGAUGGGGGUGGCCCGGCGGACCCAGCGGCAGUUCCCAAUGCCUCCCCGGGCCCUUCCGCCUGGCAGGAUGGGCCUUCUGAGCCCUUCGGGCAUUGGGGGCAUCUCCCCUCGACAUGCCCUCACCAGCCCCAGCCUUGGGGGCCAGGGCCGACAGAACCUGUGGUUCGCCAACCCUGGAGGCAGCAACAGCAUGCCCAGCCAGAGCCGCAGCUCUGUGCAGCGCACCCACUCGCUCCCGGUCCACUCGUCACCCCAGGCCAUUCUCAUGUUCCCUCCAGACUGCCCGGUCCCUGGGCCUGACCUGGAGAUCAAUCCCACUCUGGAGUCUCUGUGUCUGAGCAUGACAGAACACGCCUUGGGUGAUGGGACAGACAAAACCUCCACCAUCUGA